AUGUUGUUCGCGCUCCCGCCCUCGCUGCUCCUCCUCAUCAGCACCGCAGCUUUCACUGCUGCUGGUCAGCAACAUCCCCAUCCACGCGAACUAGACCCAGACUUCAAGUACUUCCCCGAAUACGAACAUAUACUGCGGCGAGACUUAGCUAUACGGCGCAAGCUACAAUGGCAGAUGCCGAUUGGGGUACAGAAGAUGGGGGUUGACCCGGGCGAGAAGUUCUAUCUGGACUACUGGAUCUUUGAUCCGGAGCCGGCGUUCUCACACAAUGCGUCGCAGCAGGCUCAGUUGGGAGGAUGUAUGAGGGCGCAUCUUGGACCCUCGGACAGCGUCAACAAUGAGGCACAGAACCGCGAAGCUCGAACGCCUGUCCCAAUCGAUCUGAUCGUUGCUGCCCGAGCGGCUCGACGUGUCAGACCAUACCGGAUGCUGGCAACGGGGACAUUGGGUGUUGUCCAGCCGGCGAGACAUGCGGGACGAUACUGGGUGACUGCCCUGACGGAUCGAAUGGAUGCGACGGUGGGGGAUGUUGCGGGGAUGGGUAUGCUUGCUUUCAAAAUCAGCACGUCUGCACCACCAGUCGCCAUUGGAACGACCACCGUCACGUCAUAUACUACGAUCACACCGUCCAAUUCAGUGCCUACGGUUGUGGCGACUACCAUUGUUGUCAUAAACACCAUCACCGCUACGCUGCCGGACCCUGGGACUACGACUGAGACAGCGAGGUCGACCGCAACCACCACCGUGUGUCCAGACCAGCCAGCUGUGUCCAGCGAGCUCUGGCCUCCAACCGCCCGAUCGGCCCAACAGCGAUACAUCAAGCACCAAUUCUGGAACGGCGUCCGAGACGAGUCUAGCACCUGGCGCGUGUCCGACGGGAUUCUACGCGUGCAAGGCUUUCCAUCAGGGUGGCUGCUGCCAGACUGA